GUAGCCAUUUAGAGAGUUGAAAAAUUGAAAUAAAAUAAAUUCGCCCGUAAUACAACAGCAGAAAUUAGUUAAAAAGUGACAAAAGUAACCGUGAAGAGUCCUAGAUGCAAAUUAACUAGAAGACUCGUCGCAAAAAAUGUCGGAACUACACUUUAUUGUGCAUCCAACAUCACAGGACCUGAAUGAGAAAAUUCGCGAAGUAGCUGACAAAUUGAACAAAUACGGUUCACAGACAUUCCCCGCACUGAACUUGAUCAAAGUACAGGUGAAGCAAGUUGUCGUUGGACCCGCUCAUUUGGGAAUUUUGCUCGAGGAUGGACGUGCAUUGCGUGUAGCGUAUUCCGUAAUUCCCGAUCGUCUGGAUUUGUCGAAGCCCGAAAAAACCACAAACACAAAUGGCACAACCUCGAACAGUAACAGCAAUAAAAAUUCGCCGGCGUCGCGACAAUUGGCAAGAACUCGUGCUCGCAUCAUCAGAGCCAGUUCCUCGUUACGCGGAAGCGGGACACAAGCUUCGGGAUCUCGGAGUACAGGUGUAAUAAUAGGCAGUGCCUCGACGGGAAGAUCUCUCGUUUCUGUGCCGACUUUUGUGCCCGAAGAACUUGUGUCGCAGGCGCAAGGCGUUUUGCAAGGCAAAAGUCGAAGUCUCAUCAUUCGAGAGUUGCAGCGAACAAAUUUGGAUGUCAACUUGGCAGUAAAUAAUUUAUUGUCACGCGAUGAUGAGGAAGGCGAAGACACGGAGGAGGGAAGUGACAAUUACGUGCCCGAAGAUUUGAUCUCAUUGCUCGACGGAGGUUUUCACUCUGACAACAGUGUCAUUAUCGAUGCGGAUGCCAUGUUUUCCGAAGAUAUGUUCUCCGGUUAUUCAAACAUAAGAAACUUGAUGUUAUAUAGUCGUGCACGAAAUGAAAGAAACUCAAAUAAUUCAUCAAACACAUCCAAUAACGACGCUAGUGGCGGAUCGAGUGUUCGAGGAUCAUCGGGUUCGGCAUCAGCUUCGUCGUCGUCGUCAACAACAAAUCCCAGCGGAUCGAGUUGUAAUGCAACGAGUGGUCAAGGCGCUUCGAGUGGCAUCGGUUCAAGUAGUUCGAGUCUCGCCGGAGAUCGUGAUGCCUUUGGUCGAUGGCGUGAUCGACAAUAUUUUGGACCGCGAAAAUGGUUUCAUCCGUUGCGCGAUGAAUCGUCAUGGGAUAAAGAUGACACGAAGAAAAAAGAAAACAACGUCCCUUUGUGGGUAUCUGACGAGCUCGAGUAUUGGCCCGAACGUGAACAACCUCUUCGUUUCUCGCACAUUGCCGCAUUGCAUUCCGAAUUCAUCGGUGUUUCGGUAAAAGGCGAAUUGCAUCAAUGGCGAUGGGCUGACAAUGAUCCCUACAAAAAUGCCGAACAUCCGAAUGUAUUUCAUCCGCGUACAUUGACGCUCAACUUGACAACGGAGAAAAUUGCACAAAUAUCCGCAGCUUCAAUUCGUUGUUCAAUCGCGACAGAAAGCGGCAAAAUUGCAACGUGGAUGGACGAGUCGUUGGGAUAUGCGAGCGUCAAAUUGGAGUAUCCAGCAACUUCGUAUCCGGAAUUUGCUGUCGAUAAAAUCACGUCGUUGCACACAUGCACGUUGUACACAGUUGCGCGAACCGAGAGUAACGAGCUCUUUUGGUGGGGAGUUUUACCGUUUGGGCAGCGAAAACGACUUUGGGAGAAAUACAAGGCAAAGGCGAAAAAACCCGUGAGAAGUAACGUCGCGCAAUCGGAAAUUGUCGUUGGAUCGCAAGUUUGCAUGAAAAAUUGUCCGAUGUAUCAGCCAGGAGCGAUUGGAUUCACAGUUGUUAAUGGCGUACCGAAAGUAGGACAACUUUUGAACGCAGCAUGGGAUCUCAGUAGUAGUUGUCGCUUUAAAAUUAUCACGAUGCCAACACAAUCGAGCGGAAAUACGAGCGGCGUCUCGAAUUUGAGUGAUAUGAAGGAGUUUCUCAAGGCAUCGGCGAGCACGAGCAAACAAGGAUCGAACAGUAAUUCGAGUAGUAGCAAUAGCAACAAAGAAACUGCCGAUCGAUUGGAUAUGCCGCCGCCGCCAUCGCCUGCCUCAAGUACGUGUAGCGAUACAGGAAGUGUCAGCAAUAAACGACAGAAGCGCGUUACGCCCAAAGAAGAACCCGAUGCCAAAAAGGAUGAGGAAUUGUGGCUGUUGAAAGAUGUAAUUUUCGUCGAAGACGUUCGUUCUGUGCCCGUUGGUCGAGUACUAAAAGUCGACGGAGCUUAUGCCGCAGUACGUUUUCCCACAAACACAAACAGCAGCAGCAGCAAAAGUACCGACAACAAAACAGAAGAUGCCUCGGCGGAUGCUUGGCAAGAUUGUCGCAUCAUGAAAAAAGACGAUCUGCAAAUGUUGAAAUCAGCAACAACCUCACGUAUUCCCGAUUGUUUCCAAAAAACACCUCGUCGCAUCGUCCUGAACUCGCAAUUGUCGCAAGAUCACAUGAACAAUGCGCAACUGAUCAAUUUCGACAUCGACACCAAGGGAAUUCACGCAAUACUGAAAACCGGCAACAAAUUGCAUUACUCAAUGUUCAAUUUGAACGGAAGACAGGAGCAAGAUAGUGUCUUUCCGACAGAUACGACGGCAUUUUUGGGUACAUCGCCGAACAACGUGCGUUUAAAUUGUGCCGGCGAUUCGAUUAGUAACGUCAUUUUGCUGCGCGAUGGAAAUAAUACGUUAUAUCCGAUUGCGAAAGACUGCGUCGAUGCCAUAAAAGAUCCGCAAUGGUUGGAUAUGCCUCCCGUGAAAUGUAUUUCUGCCGUUCCCCUGAGUUUGCCGAGCAGCACAACGACCAGUUCACGUUCGUUCGUCGCUAUGAUCGUGCUCGCGACAGAAUCGCAACUGCUAAUGUCCCGAAUCUUAAGAUGUGAUAUUGAAAGUGUGAAGCAGAUUUUGAAUCAGCUGGAAAAUGAAUUAAAGGGACAAGUUAGUAACGUGCUCGCGGAACGAAUUGACGGAAAUCGUAAUAUUUUGCAUGCUUGUGUGAGUAUGUGUUCGCCCGUAACGAACAAAGAUACCGAAAAUGAUGCGCAAACGUCGUCAAGUGCAUCGGGCAUCGAUAAUCUCAACGUGAUAACGGGAAUUUCGACCUCGAAUCGACCCGUGAGCAUACGAGAAGUGAUGCGACGUGCAAUUUCGCGAACAAUUGACUCGCAAUCGAGUUUGAACAAUGAUAAUCCGCCUCCGCCGCCGCCUACAGAAGAUGCCAACUCCAUGCCUGUGGUUUAUUGGCCUCCGGAAUACGACCCGAACAGCGACAAUGACGAUAGUUUGCCCGGAUUGAACGCGCAUUCGUCAAAAAAUGCACAAGAAACGUACAUUUCUGAUCCAGCAGAACGAAGAAAUGUCUCCGUUACAACUAUCAGUCUCUUAUGCGAUGCUCCCGCUCUUCAACCGUAUCUCAAACAACUCUUGAGUGCGAAAGAUGCGCAUGGCCAAACGCCUUUUAUGUCGGCGGUGAGUUCUCGCGCUUACCAAGCAGGCAUAAUUUUGUUCAAUGCCAUCAUGAAAAUCGCCAAAGGUGACGCCGCGUUACGAGAUUCGAUGAUUUUCCCGCCGGGAUCGUCAGCAGACCAAUCGCCGUUGUACGUAAUUUGUUGCAAUGACACGUGCAGCUUCACGUGGACCGGCGCCGAUCACAUUAACCAAGAUAUUUUCGAGUGUCGAACGUGCGGGCUUACCGGAAGUCUUUGUUGUUGCACGGAAUGCGCCAAAGUUUGUCACAAAGGACACGAUUGCAAGCUAAAGAAGACUUCACCGACGGCGUAUUGCGAUUGUUGGGAAAAGUGCAAGUGCAAAGCCUUGAUAGCGGGCAACCAAACAAAGCGAUUUGACUUGUUGUCGAAACUGAUUGCCGAAACGGAUCUCGUAACUCGUGUAAAUUCACGCAACGAACCGAUUUUACUUUUCCUCAUUCAAACCGUGGGUCGACAACUUGUCGAACAACGACAAUAUCGCGCAAAUUCUCGUGUCAGAAGCUCAUCAAGUAGUGCCCGAAAGACGCCGGCAACCGAUCAAAACGAAUCCGAGAUCCCAGAUCAUGAUUUAGAGCCUCCACGAUUUGCUCGCAAAGCUUUGGACAAACUUCUCUCCGAUUGGGCGUCAGUUCGUGCGAUGAUCAUGAUGGGCGUCGCACAAGAAAAAGCUGUCAAACCAACUGCCAUGAACCAAGUUUUUUACGAAGAUGCGGAUCAUCAAUCGACGUAUUUGCAAGCGCAAACGGGAACAACGUUGCUCGAUAAAUUCACCCAUAGUCUCUUUGUGAGAUGCAAUAUUGAUCCGUUGGACAUUCUUUUGGGGACUUUGGUGCGAGAAUUGCAAAAUGACGCCAUUCCGGGAAGAAUUGAAGAAGCGCAAAAGGUUACGAGACGCUUUGUGAGAUCAGUAGCGCGCGUUUUUGUCAUCUUUAGUGUGGAAAAGGCGCAUAAUUCGGAUAGGCAACGAACGACAAGUGCUCAAACACGACACAUUUUGGCUUAUCGGAAAGUUUUUAGCUCAUUGCACAAAUAUGCGAUCGAGGAAUUGGUUGAAAUUGCGGAUGCAUUGAUUUCGCCUGUAAGGAUGGGAGUUGUUAGACCAACGAUGCCCUUUAGUUUGUCUUCGAGUAAUAUGGAUCCGUUAUCGAAUGCUGAUGAACUAUUUUCUGUCGAGCCUCUCGCUCCAUCAAAUCGUACUUCGGGAAUUUUGACAGCUCAAGCAUCUGCCGUCUCUACAGUCGAUGUCGAACGAAGCUCCGAGCCUGAUUACAUUUCACGCAUCCGCGUAAGACUACGAGAAGUUGACGAAAAUAACGACAACGACGCAACAAUUCACGAAGAUGGCGACACGUCGGAACAAGAAGAGCAAGAUAACAAUCAAUCGAAUGCGCAACAAGACGACGUCGAAGGUCAGUUACGGAACGAAGAAGCUGUCGUCGAAAACGAAAGUGACACGGAAUACAAUUUCAACGAAGCGGAAACAGAUUCCGACUCGGAUGAUAAUCAAAGUACGCAAGAUGCGCAACGAAGUGUGCAAACAGGAGCGACAGCAGGAUCUGAUACAGGUCUGCGAUCGCUCAUCUCACUCAUGGAAGACGACUCCAACGAUUCGAGUCAAUUGGAUGACGAGGGCAGCGACGACAACGACAGCGACGAUCGAUCGCAGGAAGAUUUGGUCUUCGGGGAGGAACAACUUGAGCGUCGCACGAAUUCCGGAGGCAGUCAACGCAGUAAUUUAGCUCCCGCAUCAAUGCAAUGGGCAAUAAGGAAUCGCGAUACGACUCGUCAAAGCGGCGUAAGGUUAACAAGUAGCUCAAAUGUCGUUUUUAUCGACCCGAAUGCGUUACGACGAUCAACAACAUCGAAUGCCGCCGUUGCCGCAGCAUCACAAGAACCCGCUACGAUGGCGACAACAUCAAGUGCUCUUGCACGCGCUUUCGGAAUUGUCUUGCGACAAAUUUCUGAGCUGAUUGGCACUUUACCAGAUGUGAUUUCGAACACAGCGACAACGGGAACGCAUUGUUUGUACAUGACCUAUGGCGAAGCAGUGCAUUUACAGAUGUACGUUGAACGUCGAUUACGCCCAACACUCGAAUGGAUUUUGACAGUUAUGGAUUCAACGGAGGCCCAAUUACGCUUCGGAGGAUCGUUAACGGAUUCUGCAGACCCAAGUCAUCCAUUGCAUCCAUUAAAUACGCCGUCAAAUGCACAAGCAUCAACUAGCACGAGCAAUUCGUCGAACGGAAAUAGCACUUUUGUGAUUGGAUCAGGUCAACAGAGAAAUCGAACAACUCCGAGCACGCAAAGUAUGUUGAAUGUGUUAAGUUCACGUAGUUUACUCGGUUUUGCCGAAAAUGAAAGGUCUCGUGAUCGAAAUGGCAACGAUGCGUCAUCGAGUCGUCGGGAUUUCCUCACGUACUGUUUAUCGUUAAUGCGAUCUCACAAUUCGGAGCAUCGGGAUUCGUUGCCUGUUUUGGAUAUUACAGCUUUAAGGCAUGUCGCGUAUGUGCUUGAUGCACUCAUUUUCUACAUGAGAUCCGGUAAUGAUUUGGAAUUGGAGAAACCGGAUUCGAGUUUGUGGGAUGAUCAGGAUGAGAAUGACAAUGAAGAUACGGAAGAUGAACAAUCGUCGAGUGUUGCUAUGGAUACAGAUGAGGAAGAUAAUGAUUUGUUGAGACCUUCACUUGGCAAGAGACAUUCGUUCUUCCAGCGUUCUGAAUCAACACUCUGCUUGGGUUGCAGUCCCCCCGAUCCAUUCAGUACUCCGAUGACAGAUGCAUUGCCAUUAGCUGACCAACCUCAUCUCCUCACACCAAAUUCACGACGUGAAGAACUCUUCGCCAUGCCAAAAUCCACACAACAACAAUCUUCAACGACAGCAGUGAACCAAGAAGCUGCCACAGAAUCCCCUCUUGAAUAUCCGCCAGUAUGCCUUGGAUUAUCGCGUCAAAUUCGCAUACAAGAAGAUAUUCCGCUGCCCGAUUUGCCGCCUCAAAUGCCCGAAUUGAUCCGCAUGGCGGAAAAUGACGAGUCACGAAGCGAGCAAUCGAAGCCCGAAGUAAAUCACGUCGCAAAAAUGGAAACAGAAGACUCGAAAAAAUCAUCAACAAAUUCUCGUUCGAGUUCUCCGAAGCCUGGACCGUCGCGCGAACCCACAGAAAAUGAACUUUACUUUCUUAAAAAAACUCGUCAUUACUAUCAAAAGGCUGAAAAAGACUUCGAUAUCAAUCGCGUGAAUCAAAAUUCGUCAACAACAACGCCCGUGCAACAGCAAGAAGAACCCCAAGAUUUGUCGCACACGAGCAACAAUGUCAUGAAAAUGGAUGUCGAUGAGCUCAGUGAAGAAGACGAAGGCGAAUUGAGUCCUUAUGAGAACGCGACAAACUUCCGACGCGACAGAAAAUCCUCCAACAAAGAUCGUUUCGAUGAAAAUAGUCGCGAAUCGAAUGUUCGUCCUCCAAUUAUUGUGACACGGAAGAAAGUGCAACAAGCAAUUGAGUUUGCGACAGCAACUGUUCUCGCCAAAAGUAAGAAAAAUUCCCUUGCGGAAUGCGAAAUAUCGAAUAAUCAACCAAAAGAUCCGGAUUUCGAGUUGCCAAAUGAAUUUUUCGAACUGAGUGACGAGGAUUCGCGUUCCUCGACACACAACAAGGGGCAAGUUAGCAAUCAUAUCGGAGGAAAUACGAACAGUAGUUCGCCCGGAAAGAGUGUUAUUGUACGAGCAGGUGCUUCGAAUUCAAAUGAACUUACCAUCCAACAAGUUGAAACAAUGGAAACGCAGGAAAUAUCAGCGCAUGUUACAGUCGAGACAACGCCAACUGUCGCGCCAAGCAUUGCUCCCGAAUUGCCCAUGAGAGGCGCUUAUUUCCGUGAAAAGUCUGGAAAUGUCAUCUCAUCUGACUUUUUGUUGCGUCGUUGGCAAGUUUCGCUGAUUCUCUUUGGUCGCGUAUUUCUCGAAGACGUUGGCAUGGAGCCUGGCAGCAUAAUUUCCGAACUUGGCGGAUUCCCGGUGAAAGAAACCAAGUUCCGUCGUCACAUGGAAAAGCUGCGGAAUGCGCAACAACGUGACAUGACUCUCUCGAAAAUGGAAAGGAAUCGCACGAGUCUCAUAACGCAAACGUUCAAGGAGCUAAAUACGCUUUACAACAACAACAAUCGACGAAUUCAACCUCCUUUAGCGUAUGGAAGAGUCAAAGUUACGUUUAAAGACGAGCCGGGCGAAGGUUCGGGUGUCGCACGAAGCUUUUAUACCUCCAUUGCCGAAGCGUUGCUCGCCAACGAAAAAUUACCAAAUUUAGAGGCGGCUCAAGUAGGCGCCAGCAAGUACUCAGUUCCAUUUAGCAGCAUGUUGCAAAGACAUCGUUCCUCGAGUAGUCGCGUUUUGGAGAAUAGCGCGACAACUCCCUCGGCAUCCAGUAGUAGUAAUCGUAGCAGAAGUCUUGGAAGUAGUAGUGCAAGCAGUAGUAAUAGUAAUAACGUUAAUAAUUCAACGACAUCGUCGUCGUCGACGACAACAGCGACAGUAACGACCGCGAAUUCAACAAAUUCAACCUCAACGGGAACAUCAGCGACGCCAAAUACAAGCAAACCGCCCAUUUGGCGAGCAACUCGUGAAAUUCGUCGUACUUUGAGUUACGAUGCGAGACCUUAUAGACCGGCAAAUCUCAGUUCAGCUGAUGGAGCAUCUUCCUCAUCAUCAAACGAUCACUUAACACUCCAUCAACAACAACUCGGCGAACGCUUAUACCCGAAAGUCGCAUCAUUAUAUCCCACAAAUGCGCCCAAAAUCACGGGCAUGUUGCUGCAAUUACCCCCGACAACGUUACUAAUGUUACUCGGAUCCGACGAAACGUUCAGACAGAAAACGAGCGAAGCCAUGGAUAUUCUCACGGCGCAUCAAAAGAGCGAAGGAGACGCUUCCUUAGAUUCUUCCAACAACACAUCGUCGUCGUCGAAAAAGAUCAAUCCCGUUGUCGUUAUUGAAGAAUGCCAAUUAGAUGAUAAUGCUCCGUUAUUUUAUUCGCCCGGAAAACGUGGAUUCUACAGUCCACGCCAAGGAUAUCCCACGUAUGAAAGAAUAAAUGCAUUUAGAAAUGUAGGAAGACUAAUUGGCUUAUGUUUGUUGCAAAAUGAACUUUUGCCAUUGUUCCUACAACGACAUGUACUGAAAUACAUUCUUGGUCGCCAGAUUCGAUUCCAUGACUUAGCAUUCUUCGAUCCUGUCUUAUAUGAGUCGUUAAGACAAUUAGUCAAAGAUUCCCAAUGCAAAACUGGCGGAAGUAUGUUGUUAUCUAGUUUAGAAUUAACGUUUUCAAUUGACUUAUGUCCUGAAGAAGGCGGAGGCACCGUCGAAUUAGUUCCUGGAGGUCGUGACAUUCAAGUUCAAGACUCUAAUGUUUAUGACUAUGUACGAAAGUAUGCAGAGUAUCGAAUGAUUAAGACGCAGGAAAAGUCAUUAGAGGCAAUCCGUUCGGGAGUAUUUGACGUGCUGCCUGAAACGGCAUUAGCAACCUUAACAGCUGAAGAUCUCCGUUUGUUGCUAAAUGGUGUCGGAGACAUCCAUGUUGGCACAUUAAUCUCGUACACGACCUUCAACGACGAAUCCAACGAGAAUAACGAGAAACUUGUCAAGUUCAAACGAUGGCUAUGGAGUGUCGUGGAAAAGAUGACAAACUUGGAAAGACAAGAUUUGGUUUAUUUCUGGACUGGAUCUCCCGCCCUUCCCGCAUCCGAAGACGGCUUCCAACCCAUGCCAUCUGUGACAAUUCGUCCCGCAGACGAUGCCCAUUUACCAACAGCCAACACAUGCAUAUCGCGUUUAUAUAUUCCUCUGUAUUCAAGUCGUGCCAUUCUCAGGCAUAAGUUACUGCUAGCAAUCAAGACAAAGAACUUUGGAUUUGUGUAAAAAAAAAACUAAUUUAAUGAUAAAUUAAUUGAAACAGGAGAAACUCUGACGAGGUAAAAGAAAUAAAAAAAACACACAUCUAAAAAAAAAUUAGGAUAUUUAAAAAAUAUUUGCGUAGGAAAAGUGUGUAAAAAGCUUAAUUUGUACGAAUUAUAUUCGAUAUUAAAUUAUUAAAUAAUAAUACGAAAAAGUGUAACGAAAACAGAAAUUCGCACACAUAAACACACACACACACGAAACGAUGUUGUAUGAAAAAGUCAACUAAUCUAAUAAAUCUAGUGAAAUAAUUUCUUUUUUUUUUAAUUUUUAUUAUUGAUAAUAAAUUUAUUUAAUUUUUGUCGCUUCAACAAAACCCUUAUAAAUAUCAGUUAUUAUGUAUAUUUAAAUAAUUAUUUUUAUUUGGUUAUGAAAAUAAUACAAAAAAUCGAUUUAUUAAAAUUUUUUCGUUUUUUAUUUAUUUUUUAAUAAUUUUCUUCCCACUUUUUGAGACAUAAAAUCAAAAAAAUACUUCUAACUUUUUGAAAGGUUGCUAAUUUAGGAGGAAUCU